AUGGUUGCUCCGGCUCUUACCAAACUUGGCGAGGAUCUCGGCAUGAAGAAAGAGAUCGAAGUGGAAAUGGCUCUGUCCAUCUUCAUCCUCGGGUAUGCCCUUGGUCCACUCUUUUUCGGUCCCAUCUCUGAGGUUUUUGGCCGCUCCCGCGUCUUGCAGUUCAGCAAUCUUUUUUAUCUAAUCUGGAACCUCAGCUGCGGGUUGACGCAGAACAAAGCUGAGUUCUUUGUGUUUCGCUUCCUUGCUGGCAUCGGCGGGAGCGCGCCUCUUGCUAUUGGCGCUGGAGUCAUCAGUGACUGUUGGUCUCCAGAAGAACGUGGGAAAGCUGUUGGCAUUUACAGUCUUGGCCCGAUGCUUGGGCCUGUCGUCGGACCUGUCGCGGCUGGCUUCAUUGCCGAGAGAACGACGUGGCGUUGGGUUUUCUGGUCGACCAGUAUUGCGGCUGGAAUCAUCCAGGUAGCUGGCUUGCUCUGGUUGCGGGAGACAUAUGCUCCAAUUAUUCUUUGGAGGAAACGAGAGCGUCUUGUCAAAGAGACUGGCAACCCGAAGCUGCACACUGGCCGGGACUCGACAAAGAGUCUAGUAAGCACCAUCGGCGAUGCUUUGGUGCGGCCGGCUCGUAUGCUCGCAACACAACCAAUCGUCCAAGUCAUCGCGCUGUAUAUGGCUUAUCUUUUCGGAGUCACCUACCUGAUCACGGUAACCUUUCCUGUCGUCUGGACCGACGUGUACGGCGAGAGCCUCGGCAUCAGCGGGCUCAACUUCAUCUCGUUAGCAGUCGGCAGCAUAUUCGGCGCCAUGGUCAGCAUACACUUUGUAGAUCGUAUCUAUCGUCGACUGAAGGAGGAAAACGGCGGUGUCAGGCGCCCCGAGUUCCGCGUCCCGUCCAUGUUUCUCGGAUCGGUUCUCGUUCCCAUCGGACUGUUCUGGUACGGCUGGAGCGUACAGGGCCACGUUCACUGGAUCAUGCCCAACAUCGGCAUCUCUAUCUUCGUCGCUGGGACAUUGGUGUGCUUGCAGGGCAUGCAGGGAUACGUCAUCGACAGCUACAGCCGCUUCGCCGCAAGCGGUCUCGCCGCCGCAGUUGUACUCCGAAGUCUAGCUGGCUUCGCCUUUCCACUAUUUGCCCCGUACCUAUAUCAGCGCCUCGACUAUGGAUGGGGUACCAGUGUCUUGGCUUUCAUUAGUAUCGCCAUUGGAAUCCCAGCUCCAUUUCUCUUCUAUUUGUUUGGGGCAAGGCUGCGUGCUAUGUCAAAAUUCGCUGCUGGGUAA